CCGCCCACCCCCGGCUCUUGUCUGCAGCUUUUGUCGGGCAGAAAACUUCCUGAAUAAGACACCAAAACCACAACAAGAAGCGUCUGUUGCAGCAAACUACCGUACCACCCGUCUGACGUAGAGGAACGAUUCACGGUUCCGCCGUUUUACCACCGGGCACCCGCGACGUGAGUUGAUCACCUGCUCGAAACUGCUAAUCUCACGGUAGCGCUAAACACUACCUGUAGGUAUUGCUCGCUUUACCACAACACCAGCCACCUCCUGGCCAUCUGCACGCCGCGUAUCCCCUCUCUUCAGUCAGGAACAAUCUGCCCACCGACGUCUGUCCUGACUGGCAUUUGGCUCGUCGUGGCUGGUGAAGCGAAGCACGGCUCCAACUAAUGACAUUCAUUCAUAUUUCUGUUCCACGGAGCAAUAGUACUGGAGAGGGUGUUCCUUAUUGAGGUAUGACUCAUGGCACCAUUGGACCCAGUGGAACAGUGAAGCACACACACCUCUCAGUCCUGGUCUGCUCCCAUUCUGUCAGGCUCCCGUGAGUGAUUAUAUGAGGUAAAACUGGCAUUGGUGGACAAGCGCGCAGACAAAGAGCCAUUGAUUGGUCGAGGAUGACCAUGGAGGACACGAAGAAUGAAGCCGACGCUGCCGCAAUCGUCUCCAUGGCCCUCUACACCGUGAUGUAUCCCGUCUUCAACCAGUUGGAGAAAGUGAACUUAUCAGCAGCACAGACCUUGAGAGCAGCCAUUAUAAAGGCAGAGAAGGAGAACCCCGGUCUGACCCAGGACAUCGUUAUGAAAAUACUGGAGAAGAAGAACUUAAAAAUCGACUACAAUGAGUCUCUACUUCGCAUGGCUGGAGACGAUGUGAAAGAGUUCAUAAUUGACAGGCGAGAGCCAGAGUUCCAGGAGCUGAACGAGAGAGCCCGAGCUUUGAAACACAUCCUCAGCACCAUACCAGAUGAGAUCAAUGACAGAGGAGGCUUCCUACAGAGUAUCAAAGACAUUGCCAGUGCCAUCAAGGAGCUGCUCGACACAGUUAAUACGGUCUUUAGGAAGUACCAGCAUCACAAUAGACGGGCACUGGAACAGCAGAAGAAAGAGUUCGUGAAAAACUCCAAGAGCUUCAGUGUCACUCUCAAAACCUACUUCAGAGACGGAAAAGUGAUGAACGUGUUUGUCAGCGCCAACCGGCUCACCCACCAGACCAACAUGAUACUGCAGGCCUUCAAGACGGUGGUGUAGCAGCCCGAGAGGAACACACACACACACACACACACACACACACACACACACACACACACAGACACACACACAGACGUUUUUAUUAGAGAGUAGGUGAUACAAGGCUUUGUAAUUUGUAAAGACAUUUUAUUAUUUUUGGGCUGUAUAAUUUAUAAUUCUGUGGCUUUGAGGGGAGAUCAGGUAGUUUGAUGUUCAAAGCAAAUUAGUUUGACAGUAAUUGCCAGGGAUUUUUUUAUUCUCUCUUUUAUUGUUGUUCUUUUAUCAGAUUCUCAAGUCGAUAUUUCUCGGUUACUUUAUAUAUAUAUUUUCCCCUCAGUUCAGAGCUCUGUGGUUCUGAAAAAGUUCAGGAAAAUGUGAUUUAUUUCCCAUGUCCUUAAAAGUUAGGUGAUUUGCACAAGUCUAAAAAAAGUAAGAAAUAAGUGGUAUUCAGUUUCCAAACAUCUUCCCACAUGUUUGCACCUUUCCUCCAUUUUUAUUGUAAUUUUUCUAGUGGAAAAUGUUGAUCUGUAAGGUGUAAUUAUGUAAAUGACAAAUUAUGUCCCGCCUCUAUCGGCUUGCUUCAUGUUCGAGUUCCAUCUGUCAGGACCAAGAUCUGGAGAAACUGUGUUCAAUAUUUUCUUUCCUUUUGCUGCACGGUUCUGGUGAGCGCUGCGUCGGCCCGGGCAUCUCGGACACGACCGUCCCGGGCGAGCAGCUGUGCUGUCUUUCCUUUUACUUUAGAAACAUCUGUCAAGUCUUCACAUUUACUGUCCACUCACAAUUGAUCGCCCGCUCUAUAAAAGACCACAUGCUUUAGAUAGAUAGAUAGAUUGAAAAAUGACCCAAUCUAAAACUUAGUAGGAAGAACUAUACUAUGUAUUGGGGAAGUGUUUGUGUCAGUUUUUUUUCUUCGGAUCCCUUAAAAAUAUAUUUUCUAGUUCAAUCACAUACAUUUUUUGUCCUUCUCUGUUUAAUUUAAAGGAUUUUCACAGAACUGAAGUGGUUGAAGGUUUUUUUUUUUUUUUUUAUACUCGGGGGAGAUAAAAAGCGAAAUAAUUUUUUUUCUGGAUUCCCUAUUUGUCCUGUAUUUAUCCCAAAAAAAUGAAAUCUACUUGGAAACAAUCCUAAACUGAUGGUCAGGAAUGUUUUUUUAAAUUUGAAUAAUUGAAUCUCGACUUUGUUUAAACACAUGUAAUCGACAAUGAAUGUAUCAUUUCUGUUUCCGUCUGUCUCUCUGACUCUUUUUGCCACGACUAUUGGCAAAAAUAACUUGAACCAAAUGUAAAUAAAAUGUCUCAAGAACUCCUAAACAAGAGUCACGAAGAG